AACCGAAAUUAUGCAGGUACGAAUCCUGUAGUCAGCAACACGUGUGUGUGGCAGAGGUACAGGCAGCAAUAUUUGGUAGAAUAAUCUUGUGACUUCACAUUUCCAGGGGGAAGAGGAUGGAGGAGACGGAGGAAUCUGUGAACUUCAUCACCUGCGCCGUGUGGGUGCCCCGGGGCGCGGCCAAGACCAACCCUGAGAAGGUGGAGAUCUCUAAGGAGGACUUGGCACGCAUCAUAGCACAAACCAAGGACAACAUCCAAGAGCUAGAGGAAGUGAAGGAGGAAGACUAUGAAGCAAUAGAGAAUGAAGCCUCUGCCACGCCAGGAACUAGUAAAAAGGCUCUUCGGGAAGAUGACACGAUAGACUUUGACUCACGUUAUCAGCUCAAAGAUUAUGAUGAGGAGAAUGAGAAUGAAGACAAGAUGAAGCAGCUCCUCCAGCUCGGCUCAAUGGCUAUCCAUGCCAGCAAUGAGGAGGACCCAUAUGUCACUGUCAAGGACGACCAGGAGGAAAACGACAGUGAGGUGGAGAACCAUGCCAUCCUGCCCUCAGACAACCUGAUCGCUGUGGGGCAUGUGGAGGGCGAGGCAGCCAUUCUGGAGGUGUAUGUGUAUAAUGAGGAAGGGAGUCUGUAUGUCCACCACGAUAUCUUGCUGCCUGCUGUGCCACUGUGUAUGGAGUGGCUAAACUAUGACCCCUGUGAUGAGCAGCUCAAGCCAGCCAAUCUUGCCGCAAUUGGAAGCAUGUCGCCAGUGAUUGAGGUUUGGGAUCUUGACUUGGUGGACUGCCUUGAACCAGCCUUCACUCUUGGCCAGAAGGCAAAGAAGAAAAAAAAGAUCCCAGGAGUUGGCCACAAGAAACCUGUGCUCAGCUUGGCGUGGAAUAGACAAGUGGAACACGUCUUAGCGAGUGGAUCGGUGGACGAGACAGUCAUCUUGUGGGACCUUCAGCAUGGCACAGUGGCUAAGCAGCUGAAGAGCUUUGAGGAGAAGGUUCAGGGUCUGGCAUGGCACCAUCAGGAGUCACACACCCUGGCUGCUGGUUCCUGUGAUGGGAAGGUGCAGAUCUUUGACUGUCGAGGUGAUGAUGAGACCUGCAAGACGUGGAAGGUGGAAGGGGAGGUGGAGGCUGUUCUUUGGGACAACUUCUCCUCAGCCCCAUACAACUGUCUGGCCAGCACAGACAAAGGGAAGGUAUACAUGAUUGAUGCCAGACAGGAGAAGCCUCUGUGGACUCUUGAUGCACACACAGAUGCAUGCUCAGCAAUGAGGCUGAGCCCCAAGUGCCCUGGCUGCCUAGUUACAGUGUCCUCUGACAAGAGUGUGAAGAUCUGGGACAUCCUCAGUGAGACACCAACUCUUGUGGAGCACCAGGAUGCCAAGCUUGGCACCAUGACCUGCCUCGCAUCCUGCCCUGACCUGCCCUUUGUCUUCUGCAUGGGAGGCGACAAUAAGAAAAAUAACUUCAAAGUCUGGGACAUUCGGGAGUCUGAGAAAGUCCGUGCCACAUUCUGUGAGAGGGUGGGGCUGCCAGCUGACUGUGAAAUGGAUGUGGAUCAAGUAAAUCCCGUUGGUGAGGGUGACAGCCAGCCCCAGCCUACUGCCAGCCAGGGUGCCACUGCCAACUCCAGGCCGAAGUUCAAGAAGAAGAAAGGUGGUCACUUAGACAGGAGAAGAAAAAUUUAGGAAACAUCAAGUGGGUUUUUAGACAAGAUUGUUAUAUUAUUCACCAGUGAUUGGAGAGAGAGAUAGAGAGAGAGAGAGAGAGUGUGUAUGUGUGUGUGUGUGUGUAAUGUAAAUUAACACACGUGUAUGAAUUGCAAAGACUGGAAAGAUUAUUGUUAUCACCUCAACUUAAUAAAAAGUAAAGCCACA